CAACAGGAACUGUGAUGAAGAGGGGCACGUGCAGCGCAGGCCCCAGUCCUUCGAGGGCCGAGGAAGGAGGAAGGAGCCUUCUGGCGACUGACCCGCUUCCUCAUCGCUUUGGCUGAUCCGUUUGAUCAGGCUAUUUGUUCUAUCACUUUAUCAACCCCAUUUGCUUAUCCCUGUUACCACCCCUAUUGGUCUCUCCUUUUAGCAUUCCUAUAGGUCAUCCCUUUUAGAAUCCCUCUAGGUCAUACCUUUUAACAUCCCAAUAAGUCAUCCCUUUUAUAAUCCCAAUAGGUCAUCCCUUUUAGAAUCCCUAUAAGGCAUCCCUUUUAGAAUCCCUCUAGGUCCUACAUUUUAACAUUCCAAUAAGUAAUCCCUUUUAUAAUCCCUAUAGCUCAUCCCUGUUAUCAUCCCUGUAGGUUAUACAGUUUAUCAUCCCUAUAGGUUAUAGAGUUUAUCAUCCCUAUAGGUCAUCCCAAUUAUCAUCCCUAUAGGUCAUAUGUUUUAAAAUCCCUAUAGAUCAUCCCUAUAGGGCAUCCCUGUUAUCAUCCCUGUAGGACAUACAGUAUAAAACCCCUGUUGAUCAUCCCUUGUAUCAUCCCUAUAGGUCAUACAUUUUAUAAUCCCUAUAGGUCAUCCCUUUUAUCAUCCCUAUAGGGCAUCCCUUAUAUCAUCCCUAUAGGUCAUAUAUUUUAAAAUCUCUGUUGGUCAUUUUGUUUGCCAUCACUUUAACGCAUCCCUGGCAGAUCCUGUCUGGCAAGGAAGGCUUUUGUUUUUGCAGACAUGGCAACACCCUUGGACACUCUCAGCCUCUCCCAGCUGCUGGAUCUCGCCAUCGGGAUGCCCCAGAAUGGAGCCGUCCACUUUGCGGCCAUGAGGAAACUGCUGCAGGCCGUGCUGGGGCACCUGGACGUGCAGUACCUGACAGCCCAGGAGCCGUGGACGGGCGAGCUGAGUGGCCCCUCACUGGCUGAGUUGGCCAUAGGCAUGAAGGAAAUGAAGCAGGAGGUGGAAUCCUGCAGGAAACUUGUCUCUGAGGACCUUCAUGCAGAGAUUGGUGGGAUAAAGGCUGAACAUUCCCGUGUGUCAGAAGACAUCAGGAAGAUCCAGGAGGCACAGGCCAUGGCUGACUCCAAGCAUCUCCAGGAGAUUGACAAGUUAAAGGCUGCACAGUCCCGCAUGGCAGAGGACAUGAAGAAGGCCCAGAAGGAGCGUGACCAGGCCAUGGCUGACUGCCAGGAUCUCCGUGAGGAGAUUGACAGGAUAAAGGCAACACUGUCCUUCAUGGAAGAGGACAUUAUGAGGAUUAAGGAGACCCUUGCAUCGAUGAAGAAGAUGGAGGAUGACAUCAGAAAGCUGAGGGUGGAUAUCGCCAAGUGGAAAGAAGAGACCAAUGAGCAGAUCACUCAGCAAAUGGAGUCCGUGCUGCAGGAGACAAAGAGUGAGCUGAAGAAAAUGGAGGAGCAGCAGGAGAUGAGGAAUGCCAUGCUGGAGCAGAUGGUGACCGAGACAACCAACCAGAUGCAGGAGAAGCUGGGCGAGCUGGAGGAGACAGUGAGCACCGUGCAGGAGGAGCAGGAGAAGGCAAAGUGCUCCAAGUGCACCUUUGACUACAAAGUGCUUUUGGGGGAGCUCGUCCAGCGCUGUGAGAAACUCGAGGAGGAGGUGGAGUCCCUGGAGUCCCGGCAGACAGCUGUGGGCAAGGUGGAGAGCAUCAUAAAGCCAAGGAACCAGGACCAGCAGCUCCUGCAGCACAUGGAGGACAUGGAGGACAGAGUCAGGAAGAUUCAAGGGGACUGUGAGGAGCUCAGCUUGGUCUCAGAGAACCUCCAGAAGGACUGUGAGGAAAAGCAGAAAGCUAUUGAGAUGCUGUUCCAGUCCUUGGAGACACUGAAGGACAAAGCAGAGGAGCAGAACAUGUUGGCGGCAAAGGACAUGAAAUCUGCCUUGGGCAGCAAAGUCAGUUGCACCCAGUUUGAGGCGAGCAUGGAGCGGCUGGAUCAGAGGAUGAAGGAGAUGCAGGGCCAGGUGUUGGGACAGAAUGAGCACUGGAACGAGGUGGAACAGCAGCUCAGCAACAUGAUGGAAAACAAGCUGGAUCGCCUGGAGCUGAAGCCUUUCCAUAAGCAGAUGGAGAAGAUCUGGCAGAAGAGCAUCAAAGAACUCGAGAAGAAGAUGGCCGAGAGUGACAGCGCUGCUGGGCUGAGGAAGCAGCUGCCAGUCCCUUUCACGUGCCUGUCCUGUGACCGCCCGGUCAAAACGCAGGUUCCUGGCCCGAAACCCGAGACACUCCCGUACUUGCAGCCACUGCCCCCCAUCAAGGAUGCACAACACAGCCAAAGGAGAACAGUGGUCAAUGGCAAGAUCCCCCGAGUGAUACCGAGCACUGGGAGCCCUCAGAGCAGCAGAAGCCUCGGGCAGCACAUCCAGGCUUCCCCCCGGAACAACGUGCGGCUGAAGGGCAUCACAGCACUCCCCAGCAAGCCUAAGGUGACCAUAGUGGUGGGCACUUCUGGCCCCAACUCCCCGGACCAGAAGGACCAGACUCCUGCGGUGGACAGCACACAGGAAGAGCCAGGCCCUUCCACCUCACAGGAGCAACGGCCAGCCAAGACCCGCAAGCCCAAGCACGUCUCCUGGGCACCACAGCUCACCCAGAUAAAGAUCAUCCCAGCCCGUGAGACGUCACCUUCCCCAACCAGAGAGACAGGAGCCAACAACCGGUACGCAGACAUAGACAUCGAAGAAGAGAGAAGAAUAGCGUUUGAGGAGUUGCGAGAGGUGGCAGCACGGGGGCCUGAGCAGCCAACCAGGGGCUGGAUCCAGGCCCCCAGCGGGCACACAUGGGACUGGAGCCAGGCCAGCAUGGGCCGAGGGGUGGCCAUGACCCUGGAGAGGCAGCGGCAGCACGCAGCAAUGGAGUAG